AUGGCAAAUUCUUCACCAUCUAAACCACAAGCUGAAAAAACUAUUGAAGCAUUUGGCGAUUUUACAUUGGCAAACAACUAUUCAUCAUUUAAUACAAUUGAAUUUUCAGCAAAUAACUUACCCGAAUCUCCACAAAACGCACUAACUGAAUCUUCACAAAAUGCACUAACUGAAUCUCCACAAAUUGCACUAAGUGAACUCAAUCAGAAUGUGCAAAAAGAAAGCUAA